CCUGCUCAUUCGUCCAAUGGGCGGACAACGAAUGCGUCGUGCGUGGAACUGGUGGUUUCACAUAUGCGCGUGUCUGAUGUUCAACACUGGUUAUGGAUGUUACACCGCCGCUAGGCCUUGAGCAAGUGGUUGGGCGAGAAAAGGGGGACAACAAAGCAUGCCUUCAUAAGUACGCGCUCCCUGUCACACUCCUUUCUCUCCCCUUAUUAUCCUUUCUGUCGACUUUUCCGAUCCACUCUGCUAUUUCGAACUCCGACGCCAGACUCCAACGCCAAACUUCAACGCCAAACUCCAACGCCAAACUCCAACGCCAAACUCCAACGCCAAACUCCAACGCCAAACUCCAACGCCAAACUCCAACGCCAAACUCCAACGCCAGCCAAGACGAAAUGGCUGAAAACACUCUCGACUCACGAGAGGCUUUUGUUGAAGCGGCGACGCUCGAGAAACUGAUCAUCCGUAAAUACACCACUUCCAAAUCAUGACCAGACUAAGCUGAUUGAACGCAGGAAACGCAAUGUUGAUCAAC